CUCUCCUCCCCUUGCUUCGCCCUUUCCAUGCCAGGCAUCUGCGGAGAGAAGGAGGAGGGAGAGUCCCUUGGAGAAGGGCCGCAGGAGUAAUAGCAGCAUCCUAGAAGAGGCCCCCUCCCCAUCACCCCCAGCAUGCAGAGCCGUUAGUGGCUGUCCAGCAGAUUGAGAGCCAGGCGGCCUUCAUCUCCUCAGCCUUAUUUCCCUGGGGUUUUCCAGACGGAGGGAAAUGGAAACCCCGGCCAAGACAUUUCCCCACGCUUCCUACUCUCUUUUCCUCUAACCCUGCUGAUUUUCUGCGUUGGCCGAAGGCAACAACUUCCAGACUUCGGCAAAGAAGUAGACAGGUCUCUGUCCCUUCGUCAUCGGGAAGGAGAGCGACAGUGACGGGUUACUGAGGAAAUGGAUACUUCCCCCUCCAAGCGACACCCAGUAAAGAAACGGGUGAAGAUCCACCCCAACACGGUGACCGUGAAAUAUACCUCCCACUACCCUCAACCCGGCGAGGACGGCUACGAGGAGAUCGACGAGGAUUAUGGGGGUUUCCUGGAGGACGAUCCAAAGAGAGGACUGCUGAGCGAGAUGAAAAGACAAGGAAGGGCCUUCUUCGGAAGCACGGAGAGCAGGAGUCCUCCACCGCUGGAAGGCCCCAGAGCCCACGAGGUUGGCCAGCGGCUUCAGAGUUUGGCAGAGAGAAAUCUUUUUCAGUCUCGAAAGACUUGGAUGGUGCUGUUCGGGUCUGCCCUGGCCCAUGGGUGCGUGGCCCUCAUCACCAGGCUGGUCUCCGACCGGUCUCGCGUGCCCUCCCUCGAGCUGAUCUUCAUCCGCUCCGUCUUGCAGGUGCUGUCCGUCCUCGUCGUGUGCUACCAUCACGAGCCUCCCUUCGGGCCCAAGGGGUACCGGCUACGCCUCUUCUUCUACGGGGUGUGCAACGUCAUCUCCAUCACCUGCGCCUAUACGUCCUUCUCCAUCGUGCCACCCGGCAACGGGACCACGAUGUGGAGGGCCACCACCACGGUCUUCAGCGCCGUCCUGGCCUUCCUGCUCGCGGACGAGCGCAUGGCGGGCGUCGACGCGGCCGCCGUCGGCGGCAGCAUCUUGGGAGUUUGCCUGGUCAUGAUCCCCAACCUCGCAGACGACGGAAACUCCUCGCCGGGCGCUUGGAAGGCGGCUUUCGGAUACACCAUGACGGUGGCGGCCGGCCUGACUGCGGCCCUCUCCAUGAUCGUGUACAGGUCCAUCAGGGAGAAGGUCAGCAUGUGGACGGCCCUCUUUACCUUCGGGUGGACGGGAACAGCCUGGGGGGUCUCCACGAUGUUUGUCCUCCAGGAGCCCAUCGUUCCGCUAGACGGAGAGACCUGGGGCUACCUCCUCGCCAUCUGCCUCUGCUCCACCGUGGCUUUUCUGGGCGUCUAUUACGCCUUGGAUAAAUUCCAUCCGGCUCUGGUCAGCACGGUGCAACACCUGGAGAUCGUGGUCGCCAUGUUACUGCAGCUUCUGGUGCUGCACAUCUUCCCCAGUGCCUACGACGUAUCCGGAGGGGUCGUCAUCAUGAUCAGCGUCUUCGUCCUCGCCGGCUAUAAGCUUUACUGGAGGAAGUUAGAGAGGCAGGACUACCAGGAGAUCCUGGAUUCACCCAUCAAAUGAGGGUCACAGCGUAAUCUUCUCCGCCCAAACUCCGCACACUGCCGUGGUCCGUCAGUUGUUCAUCGAUCCGCCGUCUUUUGUAUCGUACGAUCUAAUGCCUGUAGUAUGUGAGAUGAUUG